UGAAGACCUAGCACAGGGAAAAGAACAGAUGGAAGUCAUUCAUCCUAAUGAUGACCUGCCGCUACCUGAUGAGUUCCCUCCACCACAUUCAGAGGAUGGAGGCGAGCCAGAUGGAGAAGCAGGGGUAGAUACUUCUCCUAAUGCAGAAGUAAACUCCGACAGUCAGUCUCCAACGCUGAGCCCAAACUUGUUGAAGAUGCUGAAGGCAGCAGAGAGCAGAUGGACACCCCAGAGUGGAGAGAAAGCUGGAGGAGAGGCAUCCGACUCUGCAGCGGGCGAGCCGGCUCCUGAAGCUCCAAAGACUGAUUUGCAAAUAUCAUUUGCAGAACAGAAGCAGGAAUUCAACAAACGCCCCACCAAGACUGGUCGUCGCUCCUUGUCUCGUUCCAUCUCACAGUCAUCUACAGACAGCUAUAGUUCAGUGUACAGUGACAGCUCAGAGGAUGAGUCUUCUCCCAGAGAAAAGCAGCAAAAGACUUCCAAGGGCCUCUCGGACUUCUGCAUCAAAAACAUUAAACAGGCUGAAUUUGGCCGCAGAGAGAUAGAAAUCGCAGAGCAAGAGAUGCCGGCUCUGAUGGUCCUGAGGAAGAGAGCAGAAGGGGAGAAGCCUCUGGCCGGAGCCAAAGUGGUUGGCUGCACACACAUCACCGCACAGACAGCAGUGCUGAUUGAGACUCUGUCUAUCCUGGGUGCCCAGUGCCGCUGGGCCGCCUGCAACAUCUACUCCACUCAAAACGCUGUGGCUGCUGCUCUGGCAGAGGGAGGGAUCUCAGUGUUUGCAUGGAAGGGAGAAUCAGAGGAUGACUUCUGGUGGUGUAUUGACCGCUGUGUCAAUCUGCAGUCCUGGCAGCCUAACAUGAUCCUGGAUGAUGGAGGAGACAUGACCCACUGGAUCUAUAAGAAAUACCCCAGCCUGUUCAAGAGGAUGAAAGGCAUAGUGGAGGAAAGUGUGACAGGGGUCCAUCGGCUGUACCAGCUGUCGAGGGCGGGGAAGCUGUGUGCUCCGGCGAUGAACGUCAACGACUCGGUGACCAAGCAGAAGUUUGACAACCUCUACUGCUGCAGAGAAUCCAUACUGGAUGGGUUGAAGCGAACCACAGAUAUAAUGUUUGGCGGGAAACAGGUGGUGGUUUGUGGCUACGGUGAGGUCGGCAAAGGUUGCUGUGCUGCCCUAAAAGCGUUGGGUGCCAUUGUGUACAUAACAGAAGUGGAUCCCAUUUGUGCCCUUCAGGCCUGCAUGGACGGCUUCAGACUGGUCAAACUGGGUGAAAUUAUCAGACAGGCCGACAUGGUCAUCACCUGCACAGGCAACAGAAAUGUGGUGGGGAAGGAGCACCUGGAUAGGAUGAAGAACGGCUGCAUCGUCUGCAACAUGGGGCACUCCAACACUGAGAUAGAUGUGGCGAGUCUGCGGGCCCCGGAGCUGGCCUGGGAGCAUGUGAGGCCUCUGGUGGACCAUGUCAUCUGGCCUGAUGGCAAGAGGAUAAUCCUCCUGGCUGAGGGUCGUCUUCUGAACCUGAGCUGCUCCACCGUGCCCACAUUUGUCCUCUCCAUCACCGCCACCACUCAGGCGCUGGCUCUGAUCGAGCUGUUCAGCGCCCCAGAGGGACGCUACAAACAGGACGUCUACCUGCUGCCAAAGAAGAUGGAUGAAUAUGUCGCCAGUCUCCACCUGCCGACAUUUGACGCACACCUGACCGAGCUGACAGACGAGCAGGCCAAGUACCUGGGCCUCAACAAGCACGGGCCCUUCAAACCCAGCUACUACAGGUACUGAGGAGUGAAGGCGGAUCCUGCUCAGGUGUGCUGGAUGUCCCCCUGAGCCUCUCACUGCCCUGUGGUCAGAGCACUGGCGCCCUCUAGAGGCUGAAGACUUUUUGAGACUGAAUAUUGUGAAAUGCCAGUGGAUGAAGUCUUUACCUUUGAACUGUUACCUUUGCCUGCUGAUUUGUUCUGUCUGUGUUAUUGUAUCGGUCAGUUACACUGUAAUUUUUCUUCUGGUUAUGAUUGCACACGGCGGCAGAAUCCCUGAUCGGCUCAUUAAGCACAUGCACAUUUACAACCAGAUCGCUUUCAGCUGUACUUAACAUUGCAUAUCUCAAUCAUAUAAAAACUAUUAAGAUUUUUUUUUUUUUGUGAUUAAUUAAUUCUACAGAGGAUCGGAAAAUCCAUAAUGAAAAUGGAAUUACUUAUAGCUGAAUGCCUUAUUAUUUACUGUUCUGUGUUUAAUGAUAAUGUUUAUAUUCAGCCGUGUAACAUAAAGAAGACAUAAAGAAAUUUUCGAUCUGUAAGAGUGCAAGAGCGUCUUUAGUCUCUGAGCAUUAAAAGAAUAAUUUAUGUACACAGUGAACAAUAAAGGCUUAGUGAGGCAUUUAGUGAGAAUUUGCAUUUUGACUCUUUGAUCCUCCAAACUGCCAAUGUGAGCCUU